CCGUGUUUACAUUUUUUUCAUCCUCUGACAGUUUUUUUCCACCUUGCAGGCAGCUGACAGCGAGGAGAAGCGGACACUGCAGCCGAGGAGCGAAGAGCAUCACCGGGGAGCGUCAGAGACAGAAACACGCGUGUCACGGGGAGCUGUGACGGGGCUGUUUCUCUUUCGCUCCGUUAAUUUGACUUUGAAGGAGCUCCGUCCUUAUCGGUGUUCACCUCCUGGCUGCAGAUAUGAGCGGAAGAGUCGGGGACCUCAGCCCUAAACAGGCUGAAGCACUGGAGCAGUUUCGAGAGAGGAUACAAGACAUUCUUCCUCAACUUCCUGCACAGCAUGACCACUUCCUGUUACGUUGGCUCAGAGCCCGAAACUUCAAUGUCCAGAAGUCGGAGGCAAUGAUACGAAAGCAUAUAGAGUUCAGGAAACACAUGAAAGUAGACACAAUACUGAGCGACUGGCGUCCACCAGAGGUGAUAGAGAAGUAUCUGUCAGGAGGGAUGUGUGGUUACGACCGUGAGGGCAGUCCUAUCUGGUAUGAUGUCAUCGGACCUGUGGACCCUAAAGGCCUCUUCCUGUCUGCGUCCAAGCAGGACUUCAUCAAGUCCAAGAUCAAAGACUGUGAGCUGCUGCGGUUGGAGUGUAACCUGCAGACGCAGAGGCUUGGCACCAACGUCGAGGCAAUCACCAUGAUCUACGACGUAGAAGGUCUGGGUCUGAAGCACUUAUGGAAGCCUGCUAUAGAAACAUAUGGAGAGAUCCUCCAGAUGUUUGAAGACAACUACCCAGAAGGCUUGAAAAGGCUGUUUGUCAUUAAAGCACCUAAACUCUUUCCUGUUGCCUACAACCUCGUCAAGCAUUUCCUGAGUGAGAACACAAGACAAAAGAUCCAUAUCCUGGGGGGGAACUGGCAGGAGGUUUUACUGAAGUACAUCGAUGCAGAGGAGCUGCCGGUGAUAUACGGAGGAAAACUGACGGAUCCUGAUGGAGAUCCUCGCUGUAGGACCAGGAUAAACCACGUCGGCCCAGUUCCCCCCUCCUACUACGUACGGGACCAUGUGAAGGUGAACUAUGACCAGUGUGUGAGCGUCAGUAGAGGAUCCACGCAGCAGCUGGACUAUGAGAUCUUGUUCCCGGGUUGCGUUCUCAGGUGGCAGUUUGCCUCUGAGAGUGCAGAUAUCGGUUUUGGGGUGUUUAUGAAGGCUAAAAAGGGCGAAUGGAAGAAAGCAGGUCAGAUGGAGGAAGUCGUGCCCACCCAGCGCUACAACUCACACUUAGUCCCCGAGGACGGAUCACUGACCUGUGAACGCCCAGGAGUGUACGUUCUGAGAUUUGACAACACUUACAGCAUCUUCCAGGCCAAGAGAAUCAGCUUUAGUGUUGAAGUGCUGCUCCCGGACCGCUUACAGUCCCCACAGACCAACGGAGGGUCCAAAAACCACGUGCAAGCUGAGGCCGCCAGCCAAUCAUAACCAAGAUGACACAACGUGCCACGUCCAUGUCGUCAGAUCAGAAAUGUUUAGCUGCCACUAGUACGCACAGCCUGAGAGACUUGAGCUGAACAGAGCUGCAACAUGCUGCCAAAAACACACAGUAUUUAACCCACCAAUCAUCUUCAAUGACCUCAUUCAUGUGCUGUCUGUUCAGAAACACUUAUGAAACAAAAAGGAGGGAAACAGGAUAUGGCAAAAAGUAUGCAGACACACCUAAAUGCAUAAUUUUGUCCACUUUUGCUCUCUGCUUGUUUUUUAUGGUUUGAAUAUUUCCUUGAAUUUUCCUCUGCAGCAUAUGUUGACAAACAUAUACACAUAAUUUUGUGCAAUUUUCAUCUGUUUCCUCAUGGUUUCAAUAUUUCCUUAUUGAGUUUUGAGU